GAUAGAUUUGUUGGUGUCAUCUAGAGUGGGACACCUUGGUGGAGAGUGCCAAGGAUAUGAAACAGUGAGAAGAGAGAUCACUGGAAUUUCCAUAUCCUUGAUGAGUGAUUUAUGAGCAUGUUGUUAUUGGUGAAGGAAAGGUGAAAAAUAAAUAUUGAAUAUGCCAGUGGAGAAGUUGAAAGGUUUCAACUGUGAUUAAACUGACAUAUAUUCUAUUACUUUGUCGAAACAUAUCUUGAGCAAAUUUUCUGUCACCAUGCCUGCGGAUUUUCCGGUUGGACCCUUCUCUCCCUUAGAUAAUUCUCAUAGAGUUUGGGAAGAUCCAUCCUUUAUCAAGUGGAGAAAGUGUGAUGCACAUGUGCCACUGCACUCACAUGAUUCAGUUGAAGGAUCUCUUAGAUAUUGGUAUGAGCGCAGCAAGGUGGAUUUGCUGAAUUCAAAUUCAGCUGUAUGGAAUGAUGAUGCUGUUUUUGCUUCCCUGGAGAGUGCUGCUUUCUGGGUCAAGGGCUUACCUUUUGUAAAGUCUUUAAGUGGGCACUGGAAGUUCUUUUUGGCCUCUUCUCCUACAAGUGUUCCAGCAAACUUUUGUGAUAGCAGUUAUGAUGAUUCUCUUUGGGAAACACUACCAGUUCCUUCAAAUUGGCAGACGCAUGGUUUUGAUUGUCCUAUCUAUACAAAUAUUCCUUAUCCAUUUCCUAUGAAUCCACCCUAUGUUCCUCCAGACAAUCCCACGGGCUGUUAUAGGAAAUAUUUUCACAUUCCAAGAGAAUGGAGAGGUCGCCAAAUCUUGCUGCAUUUUGAGGCUGUUGAUUCUUCCUUCUUUGCUUGGGUAAAUGGAAUCCUCAUUGGAUAUAGCCAGGAUAGCAGACUACCUGCUGAAUUCGAUAUCACGGAUUGCUGCCAUCCUUGUGAUUCAGACAAGGAAAAUGUUCUUGCUGUUCAAGUCAUGAGAUGGAGUGAUGGUUCUUAUUUAGAAGAUCAAGACCAUUGGUGGUUGUCUGGUAUUCACCGAGAUGUGCUUCUUCUAUCAAAGCCACAGGUGUUUAUUGCAGAUUACUUCUUCACAUCAAAUUUGGAUGAAAAGUUUCUUUCAGCUGAUGUGCAGGUUGAAAUUAAAAUUGAUGUGAUGCGGGAAAAUUCUGAGGAUGUCAAUCUUUCCAGCUUAACCAUGGAAGCUACACUUUAUGAUAAUGCAGGGUGGUCUAACAGUGGAGAUAACAGUAGAAAGAUGGAUCUGACUUCUUAUGAUGUGGUACAUAUGAAGCUCAAAUCACAGCCUGCUGGAAGUCUUGGGUUUCAUGGUUAUCAUCUCGAGGGGAAAGUGGAGAGGCCAAGACUUUGGUCCAGUGAGCAUCCAAAUUUAUAUACUCUUGUCCUCGUUCUAAAAGAUGCAUCCGGGAAGCUACUGGAUUGUGAAUCAUGCCAAGUCGGCAUACGGCAAAUAUCUCGAGCUCCAAAACAGAUGCUUGUGAACGGGCUUCCUGUUGUAAUACAUGGUGUAAAUAGACAUGAGCAUCAUCCACGUACAGGAAAGACAAAUUUGGAGGCAUGCAUGAUUAAGGAUUUGGUUCUAAUGAAGCAAAACAAUAUCAAUGCUGUAAGAAAUAGCCAUUACCCUCAACAUCCAAGAUGGUAUGAAUUGUGUGACCUUUUUGGUGUCUACAUGAUAGAUGAAGCCAAUAUCGAGACGCAUGGUUUUGAUCUUUCUAGCAAUUUCAAACAUCCUACAUUAGAACCGAGUUGGGCUAGCUCCAUGUUGGAUCGCGUCAUUAGCAUGGUCGAGAGGGACAAGAACCAUGCAUGCAUUAUUGCAUGGUCCUUGGGAAAUGAAUCUGGAUAUGGACCUAAUCAUUCUGCUCUGGCUGGUUGGAUUCGAGGAAAAGACUCAUCAAGGCUCUUGCAUUAUGAAGGAGGUGGCUCCAGAACAUCAUCAACAGAUAUUGUAUGUCCUAUGUACAUGCGUGUAUGGGACAUGUUGAAAGUCGCUGGAGACCCUUUUGAAGAUAGACCUCUUAUUCUGUGCGAGUAUUCACAUGCAAUGGGAAACAGUAAUGGGAAUAUUCAUGAGUACUGGAAAGCUAUUGACGGCACAGUUGGUCUCCAAGGAGGUUUUAUUUGGGAUUGGGUUGACCAGGGCCUGCUGAAGGAGGGCAGUGAUAGACGUAAAUAUUGGGCAUAUGGAGGUGACUUUGGAGAUACACCCAAUGAUUUAAAUUUCUGUUUGAAUGGCCUUACAUGGCCAGAUCGAACUCCUCACCCUGCUCUACAUGAGGUUAAAUAUGUCUAUCAGCCCAUAAAGGUGUUCUUAAUGGAUAGCACAGUUAAGAUAGUUAAUGAACACUUUUUUGACACAACACAAACUACAGAGUUCAGUUGGAUUCUUCAUGGAGAUGGAUGCAACCUGGGUUCUGGGAUACUUGACCUCCCUGUAAUGGCACCUCAAAGUAGUUAUGAUAUUGAAUUCAAAUCAUCCCCAUGGUAUUCUCUUUGGAAAUCAUGUUCAGCAACAGAGAUAUUCUUAACAAUAACUGCAAAACUAAAACAUUCAACACGAUGGGCAGAGGAUGGUCAUGUCCUUGCUUCUACUCAACUAUGUUUACUCGCCAAAAGUGAAUCCAGUCCUCAUGUCAUCAACUUGACAAAAAGCAAAACCCUACUUUCUGAGUAUGUUGGUGAUAUUUUAACAGUUAGCAAUCAGAAUGUCUGGCAGAUAAAACUUAACACCUGCACUGGAACAAUUGAAAGUUGGAAGGUUGAAGGGUGUCUACUUAUAAAUCAGGGCAUACUUCCCUGCUUUUGGCGAGCACCUACUGACAACGACAAAGGAGGAGGUCCAAACAGCUAUGCCUCCAAGUGGAAGGUGGCCGGCCUAGAUAAUGUCUCAUUUCAUACAGGGCACUGCUCCAUAAAGGAAUUGACAGAUUGUACUGUUCAGGUAUCAGCUGUAUAUUUUGGUGUUUCCAGGGAUCAAGAGAUCCUGCGGGGUUCUGGAGGUUUCAACGAGCAUGAACAUUCAAGUUACAUUCUUUUCAGAGUUGAUGUGUGUUACUGGAUCUAUGAAACUGGUGAUCUGAUAAUUGAAUACAAUAUAAAUCCUAAGAAUAAUCUUCCUCCUCUUCCUCGUGUUGGGGUUGUAUUCCAUGUUGACCAAUCAUUAGAUCAUGUGACCUGGUAUGGGAAAGGACCAUUCGAAUGUUAUCCAGAUCGGAAAGCAGCAGCCCAUGUUGGUAUUUAUGAAAGUACCGUAGAAGAUAUGCAUGUACCUUACAUUUUUCCUGGUGAGUGUUCUGGUCGAGCAGAUGUACGAUGGGUAGCAUUACAAAACAGGGAUGGUGUUGGCCUGUUUGCUUCCAUUUAUGGCACAUCACCACCUAUGCAAAUGAGUGCAAGCUACUAUAGUACUGAGGAACUUGACAAGGCGACUCACGUCCAAGACCUAGUCAAAGGAGAUGACAUUGAGGUACAUCUUGAUCAUAAGCACAUGGGUUUGGGUGGGGAUGACAGUUGGUCCCCUUCUGUACAUGAUCAAUACCUGGUGCCUCCAAUGUCUUACUCUUUUUCCAUGAGACUAUGCGCUGUCUUUCCAGCAACUUCAUGCCAAGAGAUCUAUAGAUCGCAGUUUCCACAGUGAUAUUACUGGUACCUGUUGGACAAACAAUGAACUAUGAGAGUUAAUCUGUACUAUGGACUGACUAGCGAACAAGAUUGCUGGACAGAAAGAUAAUGCUCUGACCAAUGAACACAUCAUGCUAUAUAUUCAGACAAAUUCUUGGACAGAACUAAAAUGGUAUUAAGCAUUGUGUGUCUAGUGCUGAACUCUUGUAUUUUAGUCAUCCAAUAUAGUUUUCAUGGAUGAAAUAUAACUUAUAUUUUGUGCAGUGUUAUUUUUUCUUUUUUGUUAGGAAAAUGUUAAAAUAGUGAGUUAUUUUAUUUGGUGCAUGGUGAAAAACAAA